GCGCCCGCGGCCUUGGUAGCCAAGGUGGCCUCCUCGCCUCGUCUCGCCUCGCCACACCCGCCCCUUGGUUCCUGAGCCCUCGAAGACAGCCGCCCCCAAACACCGAGCGGAUCGGCAGGGGCGGCCCAGGCCCGGAGAGGUGUGCGCCGCCGAGGGCGACGGGGCGAUCGGACCCCCCGCAACCGCCGCCUUGAGGACCCUCCCCCGGAUAUCUGUUUCAAGGGACCCCAGCCGCGGCGGCCCCAUGCCCGAGAAGCGAGUGACCCGCUGGUACUUCGGGGGCAUCGCGGCCUGCGGAGCCGCCUGCGUCACCCACCCCCUGGACCUGCUCAAGGUCCACCUUCAGACGCAGCAGAAGGCCCGGCUGGGCUUUGCCAGCAUGGCGGUCCGAGUGGUCAGCAACGACGGCUUCCUGGCCCUCUACUGCGGCCUCUCCGCCUCCGUCUGCCGACAGCUGACCUAUUCCCUGACCCGUUUCGCCAUCUACGACACAGCGAAAGAUUACGUGACCAGGGGCCAGACGAGGCCCCUUCCCUUCUACCAGAAGGUGUUCCUGGCGGCGGUGGGAGGUUUUGCCGGCGGGUUUGUGGGCAGCCCGGCGGAGAUGGUGAAUGUAAGGAUGCAGAAUGAUGUGAAGUUGCCCCUGCACCUAAGAAGGAAUUACUCCCACGCCCUCCACGGGAUAAGCCGUAUCGUCCGCGAAGAGGGAUUUAAGAAGCUCUACUCGGGAGCCACGUUGGCAUCGAGUCGGGGGGCCCUGGUGACCGUGGGUCAGGCAUCCGGCUACGACCAGGCCAAACAGUUAGUGUUGGCCACGGGAUUCCUCUCCGACAACAUCCUCACCCACUUUGUGGCCAGCUCCGUUGCCGGCGUGUGUGCCACCUUCUUAUGCCAACCCCUAGACGUGGUCAAGACCCGCCUGAUGAACUCGCGCGACUAUGAGGGCGUCCUGCACUGUGCGCUGGAGACGGCCAAGCUCGGACCGCUGGCCUUCUACAAGGGUUUAUUUCCCGCCGCCAUCCGUCUGAUGCCCCAGACCGUCCUCACCUUCAUCUUCCUGGAACAGCUGCGGGAAAAUUUCGGCAUCGUCGUGGAGAACCCGCCGGGGGCCGGCAAAAACUGAGGCCUUUCCGCCUCAGAAGGGCUAGGGCGGUGGCCAGCGAGCCCGGAAUCCUUUUGGGAUAGCGCCGUUUUCUACGUCCGGGUCUCCGGGGGGCGGGAAUCCGUGCGGCCCUUUGCCAACGACGAGAGGAAAAAAGCCACCUUGCCCAAGAAUCCCUGUCUCCACCCUUCCCAUUCCAGGCUGUCUCCCCCUAAAAUCCCCUCAGGAUCUCCUCUCCUCUCGGAAGUCGGCAUGAGGUGACGGGAAAGGCUCCCAUCCUCCCCUCACCCUUCAGGAGCCGCGGAAACUUCCAGAACCCCUCACAGAGCGCCCUUUCAGAGAUUCCCAAAAACAUUCCGCAUAUUCCAGACCUUCCCGGGAACAAUCGCCAGCCUCGGGGAGACCUUCCUCCCCUCCCGGCUUGGAAAUCGCCCAUUAAAUGCCUCCGCUGUGUC